ACAGAAGCCAAGAGUGCUGGAGAAGAUCAGAAGCUCGCAUGAGCGAGCUGAGCUUUCCAAAAUAUUUUCUCAAAACACUAUUCAGAAGACCCCUGAACUCUCUGGCAGGCAGCACCAUGGUGGAGCAAGAGAUCCUGCUGUCGUGUGCUUAUCCUCAAGAAAAGUGUUAUUCAGCAAUAGUUAUGAACUCCCGUUUACGAGCCUUAGGUGGGAGGAUAAAUAACAUACGAGCAUCAGAACUACCAAAAGAGAAAACCCGAUCAGAGAUAACCUGUAACGUUCACUUUUUGGAUGGCUCAAUACAAAGCUUCAAAGUCAAUAAACAAGACACUGGUCAGAUUUUGUUGGAUAUGACCUAUAGUCAGUUGGGUGUGACAGAAAAGGAAUAUUUUGGUUUACAGCAAAAUGAAACUUCAGUAGAUUCACCUUUUUUCAUUUCACAGCGAUGGCUUGAACCAAACAAACCUAUUAGGAAGCAGUUAAAAGGAGGUUUUCCCUGUACCCUUCGUUUUCGUGUAAGAUUUUUCAUACCUGAUCCUAACACACUUCAGCAGGAACAAACCAGGCACUUAUUCUUCUUGCAACUGAAGACUGACAUUGUGGAAGGAAGGUUGUCAUGCCCUAUUAAUUCUGCUGUUGUGCUGGCAUCAUACGCAGUACAAUCACAACUUGGAGACUAUGAUGCUUCAAUACAUCAUUCAGGAUAUCUGUCCAAUUACAACUUUAUACCAGAACAGAACAAAGAUUUUCUUACCAAAGUAGAAGCACUACAUGAACAACACAGUGGCCUCAAGCAAUCUGAAGCGGAGUCCUGCUACAUAAAUAUAGCACGGACGCUUGAUUUCUAUGGAGUGGAAUUGCACAGUGGUAGAGAUCUCCAUAAUCUAGAUCUCAUGAUUGGUAUUGCAUCCAGUGGAAUUGCUGUGUAUAGAAAACUCAUCUGCACAAGCUUCUAUCCCUGGGUGAACAUAUUAAAAAUUUCCUUUAAAAGGAAGAAGUUUUUUAUACAACAACGGCAAAAGCAUAAUGAAUCCAGAGAGCAUAUUGUUGCCUUCAACAUGUUAAAUUAUAGAGCAUGCAAAAAUCUGUGGAAGUCUUGUGUAGAGCAUCACACGUUUUUUCAGGCGAAGAAGUCACUACCUCAUGAAAAAAAAAUAUUGUCACAUUAUUGGACCCUAGGUUCUAGAAAUCCAGCCAAGUCUGUAAACAGCCAGUACUGCAGAAAAGUCAUAGGUGGGAUGGUUUGGAACCCAUCCAUGAGGAGAUCUUUAUCUGUUGAGCAUUUAGAGACCAAAAGCCUUCCUUCUCGAUCACCUCCUGUUACCCCUAAUUGGCGGAGUCCUAGACUACGUCAUGAAAUUCGUAAAGCGCGACAUUCAUCUGUAGAUAACCUUACAAAUGAGAUUUCUUAUAUUACUGAGACUGAAGAUGUUUUUUAUACAUAUAAGGGCUCUCCAACAUCCAAAGACAGCGAUUCAGAGUUCUCUCAGAACCAUAGUCCGCAGAGGAGGCCAUCUGAACAAGAAUCACCAAAGAAUGUAUUGGGAAAUAGUCCGACGCGGAAUUCUCUGACCCAUACCUCACCUAAAGCGUUGACUCAGUCUCCCAACGGAGUUGGUAACAUUUCUGACUCUUACCCUCUGGAAGGGGUAGAUAAACACUUCCUGGAAACAUAUGACAAUGUUACAAAAAGUAGCUCAACAGAUGAUUCCAGUCAGUACUACUGUGAUAAGAAUGAAGUAAUUGAGGGAGAUUUACUUUUGGUGCGUAUCACACCAGAUGAAGAUGGAAAGUUUGGAUUUAAUCUAAAGGGUGGUAUAGAUCAAAAAAUGCCCUUAGUGGUAUCAAGAAUAACUCCAGGAUCACCUGCUGAUAAAUGCAGUCCAAAACUGAAUGAAGGCGAUCAGAUAGUAUUAAUUAAUGGCAGAGAUAUCUCAGAGCACACACAUGACCAGGUGGUCAUGUUUAUAAAAGCCAGCAGAGAAUCUCACACGAGAGAGCUUGCACUUUUGGUCAGGAGGAAAGUUGUUAAACAGUUUGUGGAGCCUAGAUCAGAAGAUGAAGUUGAUUCCCAGAAUCUCCCAGAAGCUCUUCUUUGUUCUGAAUAUGCUGAUACUCUGGAUGAGUCUAUGGAACAGCUAAGGAAAGGGCUGGAAAGUGGGACAGUGAUUCAUCAGUUUGAGCAACUCUAUAGAAAGAAACCGGGAUUGGCUGUUACAUGUGCAAAAGUACCUCAGAAUAUGGACAAGAAUCGAUACAAAGAUGUUCUGCCUUAUGAUGCCACGAGGAUAAUAUUGCAGGGAGAUGAAGAUUACAUUAAUGCAAAUUAUGUGAAUAUGGAAAUUCCUUCUGUGGGCAUUGUGAAUAGGUACAUUGCUACUCAAGGGCCUCUUCCUCACACAUGUGCACACUUUUGGCAAGUUGUCUGGGAUCACAAGUUGUCGCUGAUUAUUAUGUUAACAACACUCACUGAACGUGGGCGGACAAAAUGUCAUCAGUAUUGGCCUGAUCCACCAGAUGUAAUGGAAUAUGGCGGCUUUCGUGUCAGAUGCCACUCAGAAGAUUGUACGAUUGCAUACGUUGUUAGAGAAAUGGUGAUUACAAAUGUUGAGACAGAACAGCAACACACCGUCACCCAUCUUCAGUAUGUUGCUUGGCCUGAUCAUGGUGUUCCUGAUGACUCCAUGGACUUCCUGGAGUUUGUGACCUGCAUGAGGCCAAAGAGAAUAGAGAAUGAGCCAGUUCUCGUUCACUGCAGUGCUGGAAUUGGUCGCACUGGUGUAUUGGUCACUAUGGAAACAGCCAUGUGCUUAAUUGAAAGAAACCAACCUGUUUAUCCACUGGAUAUUGUAAGAAAAAUGCGAGACCAGCGAGCUAUGAUGGUUCAAACAUCAAGUCAAUACAAGUUUGUUUGUGAAGCUAUUCUUCGUGUUUACAAAGAAGGAUUGAUUCGACCACUGGCUUCUAGUUAGCACAGCAGUGAAGGAUGCAUUUUUUUGCCCUAAAAAGACUGCUUUUUACGUAAAGCAGGGGCUUAUUUCUCAAAGCAACUAGAAUGGACUAGAAGCCUAUGAGAAGACAGAUGAGCACAUUUGAACUGUGGCACUUUAAAUUUCUCAAGAAGAUUACUAAAUCAUGUACAGUAUAAAGAAAUCAUGUAGAUAAAUAUGAGAGCAAUUGUGUGUAAAUGCUUUACUUAGGCACCAUAAGCAAUCAUGGAAACCUCAAUGCAUAUCUUUCACUGCCUUAAACAUCCUUCACUUUGGAAGUUACAGAGAUCCUUGUGUUUCUUUUGAAAAUAUGAAAGGAAAACUAAUAGGACUGAAAUGACUCAGUUUAAGAAGGUAUUUAAUAUCUUUGUAUUGUAUGAAAGUUCAUGGAAAGUGAAUAUUUGUAACUUUCUUACUGGGACACUAAAUAUUUGUAGGAAUGUAACCUUGACUUCUCAAUGGCUGAUGAAAAGCUUUAAAGCCUAAUGCAUAACUACUGUACAUUAAGAAUAGGAGAAAUUAAGUAUUCACUUUCCAUAAGUCUAAUAGUAUGCCAGCUGUUAUAAUACUGUAUCACUGUAUGUGAUGUGCAAAAUGAUACUGCAUUUAUACAUUUAAACAGAUGGUACAGACUACAUCUUCUGUUGAUCAGUUUUACUUCCAAUUUGCCCUUUCAACAGUGACCUACUUCUUAGUGUUAGCUGUUGUAUUUCUUUUCUUCUCUUUCUACUGUCCUCCAAGACGGUUAUUUUUCACUGCUAUUUCUGUAUGUGGACUGAAAACAUGCUAAUCUAAGAUGAGGUCUAAAUCUCUUUCACCUUUGUUUCCAUGUGUAUUAUGAGUUCUCAGAUGUAAAUGUGGAUUAACAUUGCACACAAGUACUAGACGUUUGACUUGUAAAUGCAAAGUAGUCUAAUCCAAUACUGGAAGAAAAAAUUACUACUGAACCCAUCAAAUAUGUUGCUGCUAAUUCAAGGUGUGAAGCUUACAAGGACACAGGUGUUGCUAGUGUUCAGAUGGUGAUAAAAUGUUGACUUGCUGCCCUUCAGCAAAUAUUGUGCGUUUAUCCAGUCAAACACAACUCUGUUGCAAGAGUUCUGUGGAUUUAUUGUGUUUCUUGCUUUAUGGAAAUGCAGCAAAAUUCAUGUGAAGAUUGACAUAGAAAGAGAGAAUGAAUUUGUACAUUGUUAAAUGAUUCACCCUUAAGGUACACUGGUCUCCAUUUCAUUUCAAAUGGGAGAAUCGGACUUUCUGAACAAUAUAACCACAUUUGUAUGAUGUUAAUUUAUUUUGCGUGUGCUUUAUGAUUACCCUGAGAUAGUUCUUCAUUUUUGAAUACUAUCUUAAAAAAAAAAAAAAAAAAAUAUUCUAAGGGACUGUUUGAAACUGCUAUUUAAAAAAUUAGUCCUAAAUAAGGAAAAACAUUUAAGACAUAUGACAUAUUAAUAUGACAUAUUAAGACAAAUGUUUAUAUGUAUAUAAAAGGAAAAAAUAGAUAAUUUUCUUUUCGAAUAUAUAUAUAUAUAUAUAUAUAUACACACACACACACAUAUACAUCCAGAUAUAUUUUAGAACUAUGGUUUGUAUUAUAGAUAUUGUCAUUUAUUUUUGAAGUUUCAUUAUAGAAACUGACAUAGCUAUGUAAUAUGCAUCUCACAUGUUACUGGAAGGUUGGAUUGGUUUGAUUUUUUUUAUUUUUAUUUUUUUUUCUCCAGGAGAGGGCUGAAAAAUGAAUGUAGUACAUGCUAAAUUGCUAAUCCUUGUCUCCUAUAGACUUAGUCCUUUCUUCCAGGUUACAUUAUUAGUUACAAGUAGAGGAAAGAAGAUUCCUGGUUACUUGGUUAAAAGAGUUUUUUUGGUUGGAACACACAAGGCCAUUGGCAACACAAAAAUCUUCAUGGCUUUGUAGGUUGAAGGGUGAAUAGAUCUGUGUUUAUUCUUAUGUAUUGCAUUCCUGAUUUUAUCAUUACUUAAAAGUUUUUAUAGUGUAUGGGGUUUUUAUCCUCUUGUUUGAUUGGGCAUAGAUUGGAAACCAAAAGAUGGUAAAUCUGGUUAACUCUUUACUCACUAAACUGCAUCAGGUCACUCAAUCUGUCUGUAACUUCAGAUGUAAAAUACUUCUGGACGCACAUUUUGCUUGGGAAGCUUUUUCGAAAAGUACAUGUGGAAAAGUUUGUACAGGUACAAGCUGCCAGCUGCUGUUUGGUAGCAUGUUGAGUGAAAACACCUAGUGACAUGUCUCCACUUGAGUAGUGGUCACUGAAGGGUUUGUGCCUGCUAUUUGACAGAAGCUCUCUUUUGGUGUUAUGUGUGUGCCUUUCUGUUAAAAUAUCUUGCUUUGAAGUUAUGCUGUGCCUAGAUCUCAAAGUCAUUGCUUGCAGUUUGUGUGACUUUGUCAAGAAGUGAAAAAGGCACAAAGGAGAAGAAAAAAAAUAGAAGCAGGAGAAUAAAUAUAAAGUAUUUAGAGCAUCUCUGUGACAUUUGUUUCUUUAAUAGCAGUCCUUGAUUACUAUUUGUGUUCAAGGCUAGUAACCUAUUCCUAUCACUAUUUAUGUUUCUUCAUGUUGAAUCGAUAUUUACCAAAACGUGGUAAAUUUCUUCAGUAUAUAACUCCAGUCUCAAGAUGCCUGGGAUGGGUUUGACUUGCAUUAGUAUGUGUGUUUUUACAUGACCAUCGUCAUACUGUGACGAAUGCUGCUCUUGUUCUGAUAAAGUUAGAUGGCUUCAGUAAUAGCAUUCUUAUGCUAUUAUUUGGAUUUUAAUAACUUGUGUGAAAUUUCUGGCCACUGCUGCUCCUCUUAAAGCUAUAAAAACAAUAAUCUGUGUAAUACUUGAUGUAUUUUUUUGUAAAACCAUAGAGAAAAUAUUAACUACACAGUUAUCUCCUACGUUGUGUCCAUCUUUAUUUCAGUCUUGCUGGGUUUUGCACAUGUACCUGCUGGGUCUUUAUGGGAGCAUGAAGAGGUUUUUGUCUUCUCUCUUUACCACGUUGAUGACUUUGCACUGAAUGAUGUAUGCCUUAGAUUUAAUCUGACAACGAAAGCAUAAUUAUGGAAACAUCUUACUGCUGGCUGCUGUUUCCACAAGAAUUAGGAAAUUAAAAAGGAACAGAGUUGCUUGAUUUUUCUUGUAGGGUUUAAAUCUCCUAACACAACAUGUUUAACUGCCACACAAUUGACGAGUAGCAGAAGGUGCCGUGUAGUCAGGGUUCUGUAUAACCCUCCUAAAUGUUUUAACCUUAUAUUUCACCUCUGCUUGUGUGAGCAUGACAAUAAGCAUUCCAAGUUUCUAACAUUGUGGAGGAUGAAGAAGAAAAACCCUGGAGGUUUUUACCAUUAUGAAAUACAGUGACAAUAUUUCCUCGGAGGGAAGCAGAUUUUUACUAACUGACUUUAUAUUUGAUACAGAAGUAACUAAGAUGCCUAACUUAGAGCAUCUUCCAAAAUAUUACAAGAGAACACUUCUGAGACAGAAGUGGGAGAGACAGAUCUUACUGUGUAUUGGAAAUGAGAAAAAUGGUGCCGUAAACCAUGAAUGCCUUUUGUGCAUUGGGAUAAAAGAAAUAUGAAUCAUUAAAAUACAACCAAACUUUACAUAGCUGUGGUGUUUUGUGCAAAAAAAAAAAAAAAAAAAAAAAAAAGUUUCAUAAUCCAGGGUUUUGCUCUCUAUGACCUUGUCUUUAGGCAUUGGUACGAAGUUGUAAGCACUCACAAUAUACCCAGGAGAUUAGAAAUAUCUUUUAAUGCAGACUUUCAUUUUUAACAGCUGGUUUUCUUUUUUCCCUUCCUUUUCUACUAUGCAAUACUUGGUUAAAUAAAAAAUGUAAAGCACUGUAGCUCUGAAAUGUGUAUGGAACCGUGCACUUACUUUAUUACAAGCAUAAUACUGUUUUACGAUACAAGUUCUUCCUUCUAGAUUGUGUUCUUCUGUUUCAGACUCAAUGCAUAAAUGGUGUACUGAUUGAAAAUGAGGAAAAUAGGCAUAUGUGGUUCAUUUUUGGUAACUAAAAAUUUUAAACAUAGUUAUUUCACUGAUAACAGCUUUAUUGUCGUAUCCUUAAAUGUAGCAUUUAAGAGCAAAUUUAUUUUAUUCACUCACAUGAACUCUUUCCAGAGCUCGCACUGGGAAGUAUUUGUGUUUCAGUUGGUAGGGUGCAAUUAGUCUACUUGGUUAAAAGCAUUUAUGAAUUGAGACUGUAUAGAAGGUAAAGUUGUGUCAUGAAACACUUUGUUCAAAGGCAGUUGAAAGCCAAGUGAAUGAUUAAUUCAUUAUAUAAAACAUAAUGUUUUGAUUAAAUGGAUUCUCUUGCAUUUAAUUUCUGACACUGAUAGUGUUGAGCCAUCUCAGAUGACUGUCUGUUUCAACAAUAGCAUUAUAUUAACAGUUUAAAUAUAGCAAUUUAAUGCAAUGUGGUUUAGUUUUACUGUGCUUUAACAUACUUAAUAUUUCCAUUGUUCAGUAGCUGUACAAGCUUCAAACAAUAGUAUCCACAGUCACUGCAACUUGUCUUAAGGCAAAAAGGAAUUUCUUCUGCUGCAAAGAAAUAACCAGCGCGUGGUUUUGACAGAUCUAUCCAUUUUUCAACUCACCUCUUUCAUAGUAGAGCUCUGAUUCAGUCAUUGGUAAAGGGCACCACUUGAGGGCCAAGAUUAUCAUGGAAAAAGCAAAAUCUGUGGCUGCUGACGCUGUUUGGUUUGGGCUACAGUUAAGAUACCCGUUGCUGUUGACUUCAAAAUAACAAAAGAAAUAAAAAUCAUCACAUUCAUCUUGAGAGGUGACUCUGGAGAUGGGGAGCAGGAUGGGCUUUUUCAGACCUUCCUGAUUUUGUUGCAGAAUACUUAGAUAAGAGUGUUUGACUGUGUGCUCUUUUGAGCUUAGCUGCAGUUUUUGAGUCUUCAGUGAAUUUAUUUGAAAUAUUCAAACUUUUUGUGUGUGUGUGAAACACUUCAGUUUAGUGCUAGUUGCUCAGUUUCCUUUUUCUUGGCUUUCAUGGUGUAAUUUCAUGAGUUGUCAUUGCUCUACCUUAUCGGAUACUUUCAGGUUUCCCACAGCUGUAAAGCAGACUCUGUCAUAGACAGCCCCAAGGACGUUGCUGUUACUUACGAAGUGACAUUACCUGUGCCUGCUGAAGGUGCUGUGCGGCACUGGGACCCACCUGAGCUCAGCUUCUCCCUGAGGCAUUUGAACAAUGCUGUGUAACACUGAUGGAAAUGGUAAACGUAGUUUGAAAGACGAUGUAGGAAAUGUUUUCUUCUACAUUGGUAAUAUGUUUUCAUUAAAAAAAAAAAAGUUUGUAAGGAAGAAAAUGAUUUAAUUGCUACGGUAGGAGUGGAAAGGGUUGGGUUUUGUUUUUUCCCCCGAUGUGGAAUGCUUUUCUAUGUUAAAAAUGCAUCAUUUCUCUUGGAACUGUUUCUUCAGUACAAAAAAAUACCCUGCUGUUUGUGGGAUUUCAUUUUUGUCUUACUGACCCAGAGAAGAAUUAUAAGGUGAAUUUAUUCCUCACUUACUGCUCUGUGUUUUUAAAUAACAUUAAAGGAAACUGAAAUCUUUUUCUUCCAAAAAUGAUUUGGGCUGCUUUCAUUUAGAGUCUUUUUCUGUCAUGUAUGUGGAGCUCGAGUGGGGGUGGGUCACUACUGAGGUUGCCAUGUGUGCUAACAGAAACACACUUUGCUAAAUAAGUUAGAGCUGUUGCCUAACAUUCAGUUACCAACUGAAAUCAGUCUGUUGUCAUCUUACUAUCAGCUUUCCUAAUGACUGACUUCCUAAUAGGAAGUCUUUGUAGCUUGCCCUUCAAGCAUCAGGGCAUCCUCUUGUAUUAAAAUGAAAUUGAUACUUAAAAUUAAAAAAGAAAUCCAGUUUUUUUUCAGUAAAAUGGUAAGCCUAUUUACUAAAAUCCGUACAAAACAAACAUAUUUGAAAGGAAAAAAGGAAAAAAGAAAAAAAGAAAAAAAAUAAAGCUUGAAGGGAGCAUCCUUAUUUCCUGUGACUUCAUUUUAGGCAGACAUAAACCAGACUAGUUCUCAGCUAGCAAGCAAUGUUGCUACUAAAGCAUGGAAAAAUCAGCACUGACCCAACUGCCUGAUUAAUUUUUCAGCUUCCUGUAGAGGGUUGGUUGCUAUCCUGGUUCCCAAAUCUUUGUUGCAGGAUGGAAGGAGGAAGGACUUCUUUUCUCCUUUCUGGGGACACGUGAUAAAAUCUCCACUCAGUAUAUCAGCAACCUGUGUUGACCUUUGUGGUGGUAUGCUGCAUUAUCUAACCUAAGCAGUCUUGUUAUUACAUGUGAUCUUACUGUAAACUUAACAAUAUCGGUCAAGUCUUUUCUCCCUCUGAGGAGGAGAGAAAUCAUAGAACCAUAGAAUCAAAAGGUUGGAAAGGGCCUACAAGAUCAUCUAGUCCAACCAUCCAAAUCAACUCAGCGGUGUUAGUUCUUGGUGGGCUUCAUUUGCCUUAAUUAGGCAGUAGUGUAGUGUGGUAGGUUGAGUUAUUCUUCAUCAGUGCCCGUUUAAUUCAGAUCUUAGCAUACAUGAAAGAAAAUCUGGCAUAAUUUGUUCCCCCAAUUUUUAAUAGAUAUUAAGUUAUUGCAUGUAGAAAUUAGGUGGGGAAUUGGUGCAUGUGCUCAAAUAUAUUUCAAAUCUGGACUUUGCAAACUAAAUGACAAGUAUCAAUGCUUAUAUUCUAGAAACCUCUGUAGGGAGUACUAAACACAAUUUAUGGAGGUUUUCACACUUCAUUGUGUAACCUUAAUGGAGAGAUACUAGAUAAAUAAAGGGACAGUCCUACCAACGCUAGAAAUGGUUGGGCAUUCAUAAUAACAAAUGAGGUAAUGCUUAAAAGUGACCUUCAUUGCAACUGAGAGGGAAACACACUUAAUAGUACCGGAGUAAAUUACAUAACGUUUGAGAAAGCCAAAGCAGUUUUUUUGGAAGUUUUGCAAAAGAUUCCACUGUUAUUGUUGCACAGUUUGUCUUUCUGUGUAUGUUCAGUUAUUGCUUUUGUCAGAGAUGUAGAAAAACCUCGGGAGAUGAUAUCCAUUCAGUGAUAUGUCUGUUUUAUGUAUCGUUUUGGUCGGUGAUGGUUUUAUACCACUCUUUAGUUUCUUCUGAGACCUUAGGUGCCAGUGCAUUGCAGGAAUAAGAGAAUGUAUUUGAUACAUCGGGAGGGUAAGGAAAGAGUUUAUUUUGUGUCCCAAGUUGUGCUUUUCUUUUAAAUCAUUUAGAACGUAAGUUUAUGUUGACGAUACAAAGAUUAAUUUAUUGUUAAAGUUAGAGACACCUGCUGAGAUGAAUGUAUCUUUUUUUUUUUUUCCCUAGAGGAAUUAAGUAUUGAUUAAUGAUUUAAGUAGUUUCCUUGGGAUUUGGAACUGUUUUGGACAAGAAUAUUACAGCCACCAUUUCGUGCUCCUUGGUUAAAUAAAGCAUUGUGAUGGUGAAAUUAA